GGCGGAGUAAACAACACGUUACCAAAUUCAAAGAGUUAAAAGGUCUAGAGUUUUGCCAUUAUCUCGUUCUCUCAUAUUAGGCCUGUUCUAAGUAACUUUGGCUGAUUGCACUGUUGCGUCUAGCCAAUUUACUGGUGUGAAUUCUGUUCAUCCCAUCUUCCACAUAUUCUCCUUCAAUUCAAACAUACCACUCUUCAAAAUGGCAAGCCCAUUCUCCGAAUCCCUCCCAGCCCCCGAAACCACCUCCGAAGAGGCCCCUCUCCUCGACUCCUCAGACCCCUCCUCUGAACCCCCACUCCUGCCGCGCCCUCAGCUCCGAAAACCCAUCCUCAUCUUGACUUGGCUCUCCCUAGCUCUCGCAGCGACGACAUGGCCGUUCCUCAUCGCCCUCAAAGUCCUGUGGAUCAACGACGACGACCACCGAGACUACCACUACAGCUGGGGCAUCCGCGACGACGCCGCUGCACUGCUCGGCCUUUCCAUCACCGCCGCCAUCUUCGCCGCCCUAAACCUCCUCCGCCUGCGCUUCUCGCGCCUCCACCUCCCCCUCCCCCUCGCUAUCAACCUCGUCGUGGACGCCGUGCUAGCAUUCUACCUCAUCGCCGUCAGCGCGACGGGCAUCAGCGACGGGCUGCAGGGCGGGUGCUACAAGAGCUGGUAUCCGCCGCCGCCGAUCGGGGACCCGGACACGCCGUCCGUUCCUGCGCCGCCGGCGCCGCGCCCCGUGGACCCGGCGUGCUAUGUGUAUGCGUACAGGGUGCUGGUGUUGCAGGAGGUUGUGAUGAGUGUGGCGGUAGUUUUAGGGUAAGUUCCCCGGUUCUUUUUGAGAACGGUUGUUGCGGAGGCUUUGGCUUUUUGCCUUUCCUUUCCUUUCCUUUCUCCGUCGGAUGGUGGCGGUCGAGGGCGAGGGUUGUGUUUCUUCGAUGGGGUGGUAUAGAGCGGAUAUGCUAACGAGAGUGAUAGGAUUACGAGUCUUGUCCUCGCGGUACUAAGGCUUGUCCUGGCUUACCGCAGGAGGUUCUGGCAGAAGAUGAAAUUCCCGACGGGCACGUUCUCGGUGGAGUUCUCGGUGAAGAUACUGAGGCA